GGGUUUUUUUGAUAUUAUAUUUGUCUCUGUUUUUGGUAUUUUUUAAAUUUUUUUCAUUAUUCAUUUCAAAUAAUAAUUUUAUAAUAAUUUAUUGCUUCUUUAUAUAUUUUUUAUUCUAUAUUUUUAUUUAUACAAUAGUGUUUUUAUAUUUUAUUGUAUAUUAAUAUUUCAUUUAUUUAUUUAUUUAUUCACUUAUUUAUUUAUUUUUUAAAGAACUAUAUUGUUUUUAUUGUUGUGUGUGUGUAUUGUUUAUUUUUUUUAAAUUAAUAUAAUAAAAAAUCAAAUAUUAAUUCCCAAUCAUUUUUUAAAAUUUAAUAAAAAUAAUCAAUCAAUCAAUCAAUCAUUUAAUAAAUAAUUUUUUAAUCAAUAGUUAUUUAAUUUAUCAUUAAAUUAAAUCUUAUUUUGAAAUCAUUUAUCUAAAUAAUCAUUUACCAAAUAAUAAUAACAAAAAAUAGAAAUAUAUAUUAUAAUUUUAAAAACUAAAAGAUUAAAUUUAUUUUAGAUUAAUUUUAUAUUAUUAAAGUUGUUUUUAUUUUUUACAAAUCUAAAUUAUAAUAUAAAUCAUUUUAGUUAAAAAAUGAUUAAUAUUAAAUCAGUUUUAUAUUCAUCUUUAUUUUUUUCAUUAGCUUCGGCUGAUUUCACAUCAUUCAUAACACCAAGUAAUUUAAAUAGAUAUAAUUUAAAAAGAGAAAAGGUAGAACCAGUAUUUGAUUUGGAUAAUAGGGAUUAUGUUGAGUCAUUAGUAGUUUUAAGUUUUCCAGGGGUUUUAUUAAGCAUCUUUAUAAUUGUAUUGGGCUUGGUUGUGUUAUUUUUAAGAAAUUGUAUUAGUAUAAAAAAGAAAUCAUCAAAAGAAAAACAAGAAGAAAAAGAUGUUAAAACAUUAGGUGCAGAUUUUGAUACCUCAUCAAUUAUUUCAGAUUACCAACCAUCAAAAACAGUUUCAUCCAAAUGGCAUUUCAAGAUCGUAAAGUUCUUUGUAUUUAUAAUUAUUAUUACAACUAUAGUUGGUGUUAUUUUAGGUUUAACUUCAAACUCUACAGCAUCAAAAGAUUUGAAUGGAUUUUUCUCAAAUAUGGAAUUAAAUGCAAAAAAUGCUAAAAAAACAGGUGCCAAUUUAGUUCAUGCUUUAGCUGGUAAAACUGAUGUAUCCAAAACCGUAGUAAAGAAUUUAAAACCAUUGUUAGACGAGCUCAAUAAUAUGACCAUCAGCACCCAUCAAGCUAAAGUCGAAGAAACCAAUCUUAAUCUUCUCAGACAAUCAAUUUCAAUUAUGGGUUAUGUAGUUGCAAUCAUUACUUGUGCCUGGGGUAUUUUUGGUGUUGCUAAUGGAAAAUCAUGGACAUUCAUGUUACUUUGUUAUUUAAGUUUGUUAUCAAUUUCAAUUACUCUUUUAUCAAUGGGUCUCCACAUUCCAUUAUCAGCAGCUUCUUCAGAUUUAUGUAAUUCAUUAGAAGAUUAUCUUGAUACCGGUAUCUCACCACCAUGGAUGAAAAAAUGGAUCGAUUGCGAACCAUCACCAGCCAUUAAUAAAGUCGUAACCUACUCUCAAACUGAACUUGACAAAUUAGUUAAAAUGAUCAAUUUAUUCUCUGUAGCCUACACCAAGAAAUCAUACACUGUUGAAAAUAUCAAAACUUUAAAAUUAGACGAAUUAAGAGCUAUCAUUCCAAUUGAUCAAGUACCCCUCUUUGACUCUAAAUUUGACCAAAUUACCAUUCCAGCCAUUCUCUCAGUCCCAAGAUUAGAAAAUAUUGCAGAAUGCAAAUUUGUUAAAGAUUACUUCAACUAUACCAAAAACAAUUAUUGUGAUGAAAUUAUUGAUGGUGUCAAUAAAAUUGUCAUUUCAGAAAUUUUAAUUUCAGUCAUUUGGAUUCCAGGUUUUAUUUUUGCAGUAAUUUAUUCAAAAGAUGGAACAAUUAAUAAUGAAAGCAAUAGCAAUAGUAAUAAUAAUCAAAAUAAUCAUAACAACGAAGAAGGUGAUGAAGAAGAAGAAGUUAGAGGUCCUAAUAAUAAUAUCAAUAAUAAUAUUCAAAAUAAUAAUAAUUAAUUCUUUUUAUUAUUUUAAUUAUCGAAAUUAUUUAUUAAUAUAUAAUUCAUUUAUAUAAUCAUUAAAAAAAAAAAAGAAAAAAAGAAAUUUAG